CAAUUUCGAAAGUUAACGUCAUAUGCAUGGAAUAUCCAAGCCCGUCUGUGUUAUUUCUCAUUUGGGUCAGCUCUUCGCCUUCCCAGGAGACGUCGCAACAAGGAGCGUCCUUUCUCUAGCUGCAUCCACACCGCCGUCGUUGCCGCCUCUGCCGCGCCGCCUUCCUAACUCACCAGGUGACCACAGACCCCACCGCCGCUUCCACCCACCUACAUACACACCGUCAUGGGACGCAAGAAGAUCAAGAUCCAGAGAAUCGACGACGACCGCAACCGACAGGUCACGUUUGCGAAGCGCAAAACCGGCAUUUUCAAGAAAGCCAUGGAGCUGUCCAAGUUAUGCGACUGUGAAAUCGCGCUCAUCGUGUUUGACUCGAACGACAAACUGUACCAGUAUUCCAGCACGAGCGUGGAUCAAAUCCUGUUGAAGUACACGGAAUAUGGCGAGCCGUACGAGACCAAGGACAAUGCCGACUACGACACGCUGUUUGGUGAAAACAAGAAGAAAAGCAACGAAGGCAGUCCGUAUGGUGGACUUUCGUCGCACGAGAGUUCCCCCGCGUAUUCGAGCAUGGCCACACCGAACGAUCGCAUGCUUGGCGCGGGGGUGUCUGGCGUGUCUCUUGGUCUCACCAACGACCCUGAUCAGUACAUGCUCCCCAACAACCAUCGUAACAUGACCAAGAAGCGUGCCCCGAAAGGGUUUCAGCAAUUGCUUCAAAAGAAAGACAUGCAAUACGUUCCUCCUCAGCUGCCCCUCUACCAACACGGCCUCGGCAUGUUGUCCGCCGUCCACGGCAACCACAUGCUCUCUGCGCUUUCGAGUCCAUCUAACUUGCACGGCAUACUCCCAUCUCCGACCACGGCCAACAUGCUGCUUCGGCAUGAGUUUAGUCCUCAAAAUGCCGACGGGGGGAGUAUGCACUUAGGAAUGACUGGCGAGCCUGGGGACGCUGACAAGUCGAGUAGUGGGUUGGGCUUGAACCUUGGCCCGAACGACUUUGGUCACGCAAAGAACCUCGGCUUCAAUCCGCAUCGACAGACCCACGACGGAAGCGGUGGCGGCGGCAGUCCAUAUGACUCGCCGUCGCAGCAUCACCACCACCACCCAUUGCACCACCACAACCAUCAACAACAACAGCCUCAGCACUAUCCACAGCAACAGUAUAUGCCCCACCCUGACAAUGGGUUUUCAAGCCAGCACCACCAGUAUGCCGAAGAAGGCGACAACCAUCACGGCGGAGGAGACGGCGAUGGUGACGGCGAUGGUGACGACAAUGGUGACGACAAUGGUGACGACGACGGAGGCAAGCGAGGGCACGGUGACGCAGGGCGGUCAGGAAGCAGCAGCAAUCCAAAGCGUAUGAAGAUCACCACGAUAUAACAUAGAUGUCCAUUUGAUAUUGAGUGUGUAAGAGUAUUGCUGUGUCUUGGGUUCGUACAGAAUAAUAGGACGAUUUAGCACGUGGACUGUUGAACUACUUGAACGACUUCAUGGCGGCAUUGAUCGCGUCGGCCCGCUGCUUUAGCUUGGUCCACUGCUCGUUGGUCAAUGAAAUGCCCUUUUGGCCAGGCUUCAGCGUCCCGCUGGCGUCGUAAUACUCUCGGAAAUCCACCAACACCAUCGACUUGAACUUGCGCACGGACGCGCGGCGCUUGCUUGAGAUCUACGAGCAGUCAGCCACCCAAGAAGCGAAAAUGGGGUCUACGUACGGCAAACGCGACGGAAUUGUCUUCGACAUCGCUCAACGUGUCGGCUUCAUAAGUACCCGCAGGGGUGUCGGGAUCCUGCACCCACUUGACGGCGACGUCGAUGUCCGAGAUGAGUUUCGUCACUGCUUUCCAUUGAUCGCUCGUCAACGAAAUCCCCUUCUUCCCAGGCUUCCUUUCUCCGUUCGAAUCGUAGUAUUCCCGAAUGUCCACCAAGAUCGCACUCUUCCACGCACGCACCGACACUUGCUUCUUCGCGGACAGAUCAAACACAAUGCUGCCGUCCGAUUGUUUCUCACCAGCGCCGACCUCAUCCUCGUCGUCUGCUUUGGACUUUUUCACUGCGGCGCCCUCGUCCUCGCUGUCACUUCGCUCACGCUUCUUGGUCUCGUCGGUAGGUGAAACAUGCUCCUCUUCGUCCUUUACGACGCGAGGAGUCGCCGCCGCUCGAGGCUUUGGCUUGACCAGGCCAGCACUGCUCGACAUGGAGUCCUUGGAAUUUGUGAAUUAUCCGGAUAACACAUUUUGG